ACCAUUGGAACGUCUGGCAUCUCUGCGUUCGAAAAUUCUGCAGCCCUCACACUUAUCGCGAAUAAGAAAAAGGAAAACAAGCAAUUUUUUUGGUGUAGUUAACUUUAUCUUUAUCUGUCAACAAAUAAACGAUGAACUAUGAUGGCCUGCUAUCGAAGUUAACCGACGAGAAACUGAUGAUCUUUGACACCGGCGAGGGAGCCAUUGUGGAAGGCAGCCGGAUGGGAGCCCAGGACUUGCCACUUGUGGAGGAUGGUGCCGUCGAGGAGGAGCAGGCUGCUCCCAUACAGACGAUACCGAGAAAUGUCUUUGCAGUUCCCCGUGUUCCCUCUCCCACGCCCUGUCCCUCCCCAUCCCCAGCACCCGCUCCCGUUCCCGUGACCAUGUCAGGUGCGAAUUUCAACCUCAAGUCGGAAAGUGCUGCUACAGCAACGCCGCAACGCAAAAUAUCGACGUCAUCACGUUUCAUGAAUGCCUUCAGUCAGCUAUAUAGUGGCGGUAACAGUAGCGGAGCCAGCUGUGGUCACGUGGAGCCAGCCCACAGUGAAGACCCCAAUCGAACGCCCACCAAAGGAAUGGAGUCCAAGCUGGUGGCGAUGUGGCACAACGUCAAGUACGGCUGGAGCGGAAAAAUGCGGCAGACAAGCUUCUCAAAGGAGCAGCCGGUGUGGUUGCUGGGACGAUGUUACCAUCGACGCUUUACGCCGCCAGUGAGCAUGGAGAGCUCCACCACAGAAAUGGACUCCGCGCCCGACAAUGCUACCUCUGCCUUCGACAGCAUACAAGCCACAGCAACAUCCACAUCUCUGUACCCGACUCUAAAUCCGCAAACCAUUGACGAAAUUGUUGUGCCGCAGGAGCUAGGAAUGGAUGCGGUGGAGAACCAAGUAGGCGAGCAUCCUUGGGAAGAGGGAAUCGAGGGCUUUCGGCGUGACUUUUAUAGUCGAAUCUGGAUGACGUACAGAAGGGAGUUUCCAACGAUGAACGGUUCCAACUACACCUCGGACUGCGGAUGGGGCUGCAUGCUGCGGAGUGGCCAGAUGCUGCUGGCCCAAGGACUCAUCUGUCACUUCAUGGGACGCACUUGGCGCUACGAUUCGGAGUCGCAGUUGCACUCGACCUACGAGGAUAACAUGCACAAAAAGAUCGUCAAGUGGUUCGGGGACAGCUCCUCGAAGAGCAGCCCCUUCUCUAUCCACGCCCUGGUUCGGUUGGGUGAGAAUCUGGGCAAGAAGCCCGGCGACUGGUACGGUCCUGCCUCGGUCUCCUAUUUAUUGAAACACGCCUUAGAGCAUGCCGCUCAGGAAAAUGCAGACUUUGAUAAUAUAAGCAUCUAUGUGGCCAAAGAUUGCACAAUUUACCUUCAAGAUAUAGAGGAUCAGUGCAGUGUUCCGGAACCGGCCCCCAAACCGAAUGUGCCUUGGCAACAGGCGAAGCGACCGCAGGCGGAAGUGUCCAAAACAGAGCAUCAGCAGCACUGGAAGGCUCUCAUUGUGCUCAUACCGCUGCGGCUGGGAAGCGAUAAGCUGAACUUGGCCUAUGCCCACUGUCUGAAGCUGCUCCUGAGCACGGAGCACUGCCUGGGGAUCAUCGGCGGGAAGCCCAAGCACUCUCUCUACUUCGUUGGCUUCCAGGAGGACAGACUCAUCCACCUGGACCCGCACUACUGCCAGGAGAUGGUGGAUGUGAAUCAGGAAAACUUCUCACUGAACUCGUUUCAUUGCAAGUCGCCCCGCAAACUCAAGUCUAGUAAAAUGGAUCCCAGCUGCUGCAUCGGGUUCUAUUGCGCCACAAAGAGUGAUUUUGACAACUUCAUGGAGAGUGUUCAACUGUAUUUGCAUCCAAUGCGUUGUGCAUCGGGAGCCACAGUGGAUAAGAUGGCCGGAUCUCAGCAGGUGCCUCCUCAAUCCCUGCAGCAACAAUCCGAGCAAAUGGACAUGAACUACCCCCUGUUUUCGUUUUCGAGAGGUCGUUGUUUGGACCACGAGCGCGAUGAGAUGAGCGAUUCUCUCUACAAACCGCUCAUAAAACAGGUGGCGAACUUGGCGCAAGAACAAGGUCUCCAACUGAUGCCUCCGCAGGCACACGACGACACUGAACAAGACGACAGUGAAAGCGAGGAGUUUGUGCUGUUGUAGAUCGUUCUCGUGUCCGUUCUUCUUCCCGUACCCGUUCCUGUUCCCGUUCCCUACGUGAUCAUUAUUAGCUGUGUUAUUUGCUCAAUAUUAUUUGAUUUAGUUGCUAA